CUCCUAUCUUCUUCUUCUUCAAAUAUCAGUCAUGCUCCUCUCUCACUCUUCUCCUCCUCUCUCUCUCUCCAUCUCUCCUCAUGGGCUAUCUCUCCUGCAAUGGCGAAUCCGCCGUCUCAAUCUGCGAUCCUUAUAACUGGAACCCUAAACGUCGAUCAUCAAAAUCUCCUCACAAGAAGGAGAAGCGUCUUUAUUCUAAGCUCAGGAUUUUCAACUACGACGAACUCGCCGCCGCUACUAACGGCUUCUCCGCCACUAAUUUCCUCGGGAAAGGUAGCCACGGCAGAGUUUACAAGGCGGUUCUCGACGGCGGUAAGCUCCUCGCCGCCGUCAAACGAACCACGAUCGUCGCAGCCGGUGAUAGCGUAAACCAGGUGGACAACGAGAUCGAGAUUCUCUCACGAAUUCGUCACCGGUGGAUGGUCAACUUAAUCGGUUACUGCGUUGACCACCGGAGAAAAACAAAGCUGCUCGUCGUCGAUUACAUGCCUAACGGAACGCUACACGAUCACCUGCAUUCGUUAAAUCCGCCGCUUAUUAUAAGCAGCUGGAACCGGAGAAUCAAACACGCGCUUCAGAUCGCGAUUGUCGUCCACGCGCUUCACUCUGCCGAGACUCCGGUUAUCCACCGUGACAUCAAGUCGUCGAACAUUUUAAUCGACGGCGAAGGAAACGCGAGGCUGGCGGAUUUCGGAUUGGCGUUGAUCGGAAACGUGGAGGACGAGCGUCUUAAAUCAACUCCGCCGGCGGGAACGCUGGGAUAUUUAGAUCCGUCGUACUUAGCGCCGGCGGAUCUAACCGCGAAGAGCGACGUGUUCAGCUUCGGGAUAUUGCUGCUGGAGAUUAUUAGCGGCAGAGACGCCAUCGAUUUGAGUUUUAGUCCGCCGUGUAUCGUAGAUUGGGCGGUGCCUUUGAUAAAACGAGGCGAAUCCGCCGCGAUUUGUGAUUUCCGGAUCAGGAACCGUCCUAAAUCCGCCGUGAUACGGAGAUUAGCGGUUAUGGCGGCGAGGUGCGUGAGAUCGACGGCGGAGAAACGUCCAGAUAUGUCGGAGGUUGUGGAGUGUUUGAGCUCGGUGAGGAAGAUGUCUCAGGCGUGUCCUGUGUGGAAUCGGCUGCGGAGGAGGAGGAGCGGAGACAGAUCGGAAAACGUUUUCGUGGUUGAAGAAAAACAGAGCAAGGUUUCUAGCGUGACGAAGGAGGAAGAUGAUGUGUUCGAGAGAAGAGUCAUGGAGCCGCUGGUUUCUCCGGUACCGGUUCGUCGCCGGAAUCGUGUGUUGAGAUCGAGAUCAGUGGGUGCGAUGGGGAGAUCGAAAGUGGGACCGGAUCCAAACGACGCCGUUGGAGAUGAUACGGUGGUUACGAUCAGAAUUCUUGUCGAGAGAGAGAGACCGGUGACGACGACGAUGAAGCUUAGCAAGUCGAGGUCGGUGGGGAUUUUACGUUGUCAUAAAACGACGUCGCGUAAGAGAGAUUGAGUUGUUCGCAAAAGUCAUCAAAUUUGCCUGGCAAAUAUGUUUGAAGUUUGAAACCGUUGCCAGAUUUUUUUUUCUUCUUCUACUUUUUUUUUUUGACAGCACUUUUUGUUUUCUAUUUUUCUUUUUCUCCUGUCUCGU